GAGGCUCGGCGCCCACACGCUUUUGGGGCUGCUCACUUUCCCACUCAGGCUGUCAGCGGGUCCCCUCGCUCGCUGCUUUUGGGGAGUACGGGUCACGGCGUUUUGGGCUUACUUGUUGAAGGUCCCCGCAGGCCCGGGAGAGGCGCAGGCGCAGACCCGCCGGGGCCUCGAGCUACAGCCCGGAAGUGCGCGCGGCCGGCGGUGGCGGGUCGGUGUGUGCGGGCGGCGUGCGUGGCCGCGUGGACCAUGGGGCGGCGGUCGCGGGGCCGGCGGCUCCAGCGGCAGCAGCAGCAGCAGCGGCCAGAGGGAGCGGAGGACGGCGCCAGAGGCGGCGGGAAGCGCAAUGACGCGGGCUGGGAAGGCGGGUACCCCGAGAUCGUGAAGGAGAACAAGCUCUUCGAGCACUUCUACCAGGAGCUCAAGAUCGUGCCCGAGGGCGAGUGGGACCAGUUCAUGGAAGCGCUCAGGGAGCCGCUCCCGGCCACUUUGAGAAUCACUGGUUACAAAAGCCACGCCAAAGAGAUUCUCCAUUGCUUGAAGAACAAGUAUUUCAAGGAACUGGAGGACCUGGAGGUGGACGGUCAGAAAGUUGAAGUCCCACAGCCCCUGAGUUGGUAUCCUGAAGAACUUGCCUGGCACACAAAUUUAAGUCGAAAAAUCUUGCGAAAGUCUCCGCAGUUGGAAAAGUUUCACCAGUUUCUGGUUAGCGAAACCGAAUCUGGAAACAUCAGUCGCCAAGAAGCCGUUAGUAUGGUCCCGCCGCUGCUGCUCAGCGCUCAGCCACACCACAAGAUCUUAGACAUGUGUGCAGCCCCCGGAUCAAAGACCGCACAGUUGAUUGAAAUGCUGCACGCCGACAUGAACGUCCCUUUUCCAGAGGGAUUCGUCAUCGCAAAUGACGUGGACAACAAGCGCUGCUAUCUGCUCGUGCAUCAGGCCAAGAGGUUGAGCAGCCCCUGCAUCAUGGUGGUCAACCACGACGCGUCCAGCAUCCCGAGACUCCGGGUAGACGUGAACGGGAGGAAGGAGAUCCUGUUCUACGACCGCAUCCUGUGUGACGUCCCUUGCAGUGGAGAUGGCACCAUGAGGAAGAACAUUGACGUCUGGAAGAAGUGGAGCCCCUCACACAGCUUGCAGCUGCAUGGCUUACAGCUGCGGAUUGCAACGCGGGGUGCAGAACAGCUCGUGGAAGGCGGGCGGAUGGUGUAUUCCACGUGUUCCCUGAACCCUGUUGAAGAUGAAGCGGUCAUUGCAUCUUUACUGGAGAAGAGUGAGGGUGCUUUGGAGCUGGCUGAUGUGUCGUCUGAAUUGCCGGGACUGAAAUGGAUGCCUGGACUCACACACUGGAAGGUAAUGACAAAAGAUGGACAUUGGUUUGCAGAGUGGGAUGAGGUUCCCCACAGCAGACAUACUCAGAUUCGGCCGACCAUGUUCCCACCCAAGGACCCGGAAAAGCUACAGGCCAUGCACCUGGAGCGGUGUCUUAGAAUAUUACCACAUCAUCAAAAUACUGGAGGGUUCUUUGUGGCAGUGUUAGUGAAAAAGUCUUCAAUGCCGUGGAAUAAACGUCCACCAAAGCUGCAGAGGGACACUGCGGAGCCGAGAGAGCCUGUGCAGCCCAGCCCUGCCGGUCCCUCCGAGCUGGACGGGAAACCAGUCACUGGAAUGGGCGACACAGAAGUAGCUGAAAGAACGGAGGAUUUAGAGAAUAAUGGAAAUAAGAAAGAUGGCGUGUGUGGUCCUCCUCCAUCGAAGAAGAUGAAGUUAUUUGGAUUUAAAGAAGAUCCAUUUGUGUUUAUUCCUGAAGACGACCCAUUAUUUUCACCUAUCCAGAAGUUUUAUGCUCUGGAUCCUUCGUUCCCGAGGAGGAACUUGCUAACUCGAACCACAGAAGGGAAGAAAAGGCAGCUGUACAUGGUCUCCAAGGAGCUGAGGAACGUGCUUCUGAACAACAGCGAGAGGAUGAAGGUUAUUAACACCGGGAUAAAAGUCUGGUGCCGGAAUAACAGUGGGGAAGAGUUUGAUUGUGCUUUCCGGCUAGCACAGGAGGGAAUAUAUACAUUGUAUCCAUUCAUCAAUUCAAGAAUUAUUACUGUACCGUUGGAAGAUGUUAAAAUUCUAUUAACCCAGGAAAACCCAUUUUUUAGAAAGCUUAGCAGUGAGACCUACAGCCAAGCCAAGGACAUGGCCAAGGGGAGCAUCGUCCUGAAGUACGAGCCGGACCCCACGAAACCAGAUACCCUGCAGUGUCCUAUCGUGUUGUGUGGAUGGCGGGGAAAGGCCUCAAUUCGAACUUUUGUGCCCAAGAAUGAACGGUUCCAUUAUCUCAGGAUGAUGGGGCUAGAGGUGUUGGCAGAGAAGAAGAAAGACGGGACUGUUCUGACCAAUGAGAGUGCAGCCAGCUCUGAGCCCCCGGAGGACGAGGGGGGUGCCCACCAGGCUGCAGAGCAGGCCGCCAGCCCAGACGCCAGCACAGGCAGCGACCUCAGCGACCCAGCUGGGGCUGCGCCGCCCCGGUGAGGAGACCCAGGGCGGCCCUGGGGCGGCGGCACCACGGAGGCUCCCCUUGGCGUCUGCACCCACAGCCAGAACGCCUGACCUGUGGCUACUGACGGAAUGAGGAAGCAUCUCGGCAUGACCUCGGUCCUGCUUUCACAUGGAGCUUCAGAAAAGUAUUUUUUAGCUUGCUAGCGGUUGCUCAUUUGACUUUGUUCUUUGGUGAGGCCAGGGCCGGUGUGCCGGGUAUAUGCGGUGGACUUUCCCAGGUAAGGUCUUACUUCCAUCCAGAAAUACAGCCGCCCUUAGAGAAAGUUGCAGGUCCCUUUUGUUAUGCCUCUCGCAGUCUUAAAGCCCAGUUUUUCUUUUAAUUAUUAUUUAUAGAAAGACUUUGUAUCUCCUUACGAGUCGUUGGGAGACAGUACUGUCAGCUUCAUAAUCUCGUGUUAAGUUGCACACUAGCAGUGCGACGUUAAUAUGCAGUGAGGUUAACAUCUGAGGUCUCAGAUGACUUCUGUGCCUUUGUAAUAAAGGGUAAAAGAAACUUUGUCAGAGUAAGACAAAACUAUCAUGAAUCGUGAUACUCAUUUUGAGGGUUUUAUGUGCUUUGAUUGAAUGGAGUGCUUUGCAAUUUUAAUUUUUAAAAUAGGGCUUGGGAUCUUUGGAACGCUUAAGUAAAGAGUUACUAAUGAUAAUGUGUAUGUGUGUAUGACUUGUUUUAUUCUUCGUGAGGCAGAAGGAACAGACUUAUUUGAGUAAACGGAAAUGUUAGCAUUAAAGGAUUCAUAGGUAGUAAAAGGAAUAUUAAUGUGAAGCCGGCCCUUAAGGAAAGAGUAGUUUGGCAUGAAAGUGCAUGAAGGGCUUCUCUGUGGGCUCACCUGUUAUCCUCCAGAGGGCGGUGUUAGGCUGCAACUGCAGAGACAGGUGGGCGGGCACAGUUGGCAAUUUGGGCAUUUCCUGUACGAAUGGGCUCCCUCGGGCACUGUUGUGAGAGAGCCUGUGGGUGAUAUCGACCUGACAGGAGGUAUGGGACUAUUUCAGGUAAUCACUAAGUUCCUGCUGUAUGCCAGGCAGGGUUCUGGGGGCAGGGACACAGCUCAUCAAGACAGACAAUUUCAAACUUUCAAAAAAAAAAAAAAAA